GCAAGAUGAUCAGAGUCUUGGAGAAUAUCAGAUAUAUGACCAAUACAUCGAUGGCUCUUAUUCUGAAGAUGAUGACUACUAAGAUGUCUUUGGUAUAAUGAUAAGAAGCAGUCGAGCAAUACCAGAAUAUGAACUGCUGAAUGAACAGUUGCAUUCACAGUAGCAGUUGCUACAGGGAAAUAAGCUUUUUGGCAGCCUUCUUCAACUUGAACUCUGCACCAAGUUCUGCUCAAGUUUACUAGAAUUGGAUAACUUGUCAAGUUUUUAUAUUUAUAAAUCGUACUAGUAAUAUAUAAUCUUACUGUUCCUCAUUUUGAUAAUCUCAACAAGUUUGGUU